GGGGGGGGGGGGCACGCCCCGCUGCUGCCGCCGCCCCCGGGGACGGGGGCGCACGGCCGCCAUGUGAGAGAAACGGGGGCCGCGGCGGAGCCCGCCCCCGGGGCGGCGGGGCCGGAUCGGCUGGCCGCCGCGCUGCGCUGCAAGCUUUGCAGGUCCGCGGCGGCGGCGGCGGCGGGCGGGCAGCAACAAGCCACGCCGCCCGGCCGCCCGCGGCCCCGCCAUGGGAGCCGGGCGGGGGGCGAGGCUCGCCGCCCCGAGCCGCCGGCGGGGCUGAGCCCGGCUCCAGCGCAGGGACUGUGGAUCUGUGAAGCACUUCCCUCCGGUGUGAAUGCAGUGUCCCCUGUGGGAUGCAGUAGGUGAUGCCCAGCUCUACUGCAAUGGCAAUUGGAGCUCUCUCUAGUUCUCUUCUCGUAACCUGCUGCCUCAUGGUUGCCCUCUGUAGCUCCACCAUACCUGUACAAAAACUGGCCAAGGCUCAAGACAAACAGGAGAUAAAGGCAAGCCAGGAAAAGAGGGAUCACACAUCGACAAGGGACAGCCAGACAGGCCCAGGGAGAAUGAAUGAGAUCGGUAGGAGUGGGAGGGAGGAGGGUAGCAGGGACUGGAAGAGUAAAGGAAGCAGGAACUACUCGAACAAGGAGUCCUGGACUAAGCAAAAGCAGGCUUGGAACAGCCAGGGGACGAGCAGUAAGUCCGGGAGCAUGCAAGAGCAAAGGGACGCCGCUCCAGAGGAACCUCGGGUGGCUGAAGAUGCAUCUCUCCCAGAAGCUGUGGCGAGUGUCACUCCCGAGCCUCCAGAGGAGUACGCCUAUCCGGACUACCGUGGGAAAGGCUGCGUGGAUGAGAGCGGCUUUGUCUAUGCCAUCGGGGAGAAGUUUGCGCCAGGCCCCUCUGCCUGCCCCUGCCUUUGCACUGAAGAGGGCCCACUGUGCAUACAGCCCGAGUGCCCCAGGCUCCACCCGCGGUGCGUCCAUGUGGACACCACGCAGUGCUGCCCACAGUGCAAGGAGAGGAAGAACUACUGCGAGUUCCGAGGGAAAACCUACCAGACCCUAGAGGAGUUCAUGGUUUCUCCGUGUGAGAAGUGUCGCUGUGAAGCCAGUGGUGAAGUGCUGUGCACUGUCUCAGCUUGUCCCCAGACCGAGUGCGUGGAUCCGGUGUAUGAGCCCGAUCAGUGCUGUCCUAUCUGCAAAAAUGAAUCAUCAGCACUGCCCACACUGCACCAUGGUCAGCAGGAGCUUGCACCACGUGGUCUUGUCAAGAGAAGCCCACUGUCCGGGGUUCAUGGGGAGAGAGAGAUGCCGCUGUGCGUGGUGAUGGGGUCCAUGGCACACCCCACCUGUAAGGCUGUGCUGGGCCCGAACUGCUUUGCAGAAACCAUUGUCAUUCCAGCAGGCCGGGAGGUGAAAACUGAUGAAUGCACUAUAUGUCAUUGUACUUACGAAGAAGGCACUUGGAGAAUUGAACGGCAAGCUAUGUGCACUAGACAUGAAUGCAAACAAAUAUAGGAAAUCUACAAAUCUAAGUACUUUUUGUGGUUUUUAUAAAAUAUCUCACAGUAGUGAGCACCCUAGAUGACCCAGGGAAAUCUGAAUGAGAAGAUUCUGGUGAGGAGCAAAGAAUAAAAUAUUGAUAUUUUGUUUUUCAAAGUAACAUAAUACUGCAAGGCAAAGAAAUGCAUAUAUUUAAAACGUUUGGACAUAAGAAUACCUGUCUUAAUAAAUGUGUUAUUUUCACAGUGAGUACACUAAAAUACACUCUAUAAAAUAUUCUAUGUAUUUCUAUAAUACCAUUAUAGAGCUUAAAAAUAAAUGUUUUAUAUAGACAAUA